GGUCGAAGGUCGCAAGCAGCAUCUAGCUCUCUUUGUUUUGCUCUUUCUCCAGCGAAUAUCGCCGAGUGUGGGGCCUUGUAACGCGGUGGGGCACGAGGGAGUCCGGGAUAUGGCGGAGAGCGAGGAAGAGAGCGACUUUGCCAGCGCAGAGAGCGAGCAGGAAGAUGAGGAGGAGACAGUUGAGGGAAAAGAUGUGAGGGGGAACGAUAGAGCUGAGUCUCAGACAGUGGCUGAUGAACAGAAGAAGGCAGUGAGCAGAGGAAGAGAGCAGGAAAUGAAAUUGAGGAGGAGGAAGCAGUUCCAGAGACUGUCUCGUCCGUUGAACCGACAGAGACCAAACCUUCAGAGGAUAUUAGUGGAGGAGAGAAAGAUAAGUCUAAGUCUGAAGAGAAGGUCGAGGGAGAGACUAGCACAGUUGAAAGCAGUGAAGAUCAACAGAGAGACCGAGAGAGAGACCGAGAGAGUGACCGAGAGAGUGACCGAGCACCGAAGGCAGAGACCACAUCGAGAGCAGAGGGUGAUGGAGGAGGAGGAGGAGGAGGAGGAGGGUGGGGUGGGGAGGAUGGGGUAAGAGUCUGUGGUCCUCAGUAUCAACUGUGACCGGAUCAGCUCAGGUUCUGGGCCAGAAGGUGACGGCAGCUAUAUCGACAGUGGAAGAUGCCCUUGGUCUUCCAGCUCCCCAGCAACUGGCUAAAACGGGGGAUGGGCAGGGAGAGGAGGGAGAGAGGGAGAAAGAGGAGGGAGGCGAAGGAAAAGAGGAAGAAGGUGGAAAAGAGGAAGAAGGUGGAAAGAGGAGAGCAGAGGAGUUAAAACCCUAGCCAAGCUGGCUGAAAAGGUGGCUGAAGGUGACGACCAGUCUUUGUGUGGUCCCGAUUCCAGUCCAGCCGGUCCCCAGGUGGAACCGGAAUCUGGAGGGCAGCAGGACGAGUCUGCGCCUGGCACUAUCGGAGCUUUCUCUGGAUUUUUCUCAGGCAUUGCCAGCGUAGUCGAGCAGAGGGGGCUCCAGCUAAUGAGUGGGGGGCUGGAUGCUCUGGAGAACAUUGGAAAGAAGACCAUGGAAGUUCUGACCGAGGGUGAUCCAGGUUUUCAAAACAAGAGGAAGCUACUGAAAAGAGAAGCACCGUCACUUUCAGCUCUGCUAAGAGAAGCGAAGGCAGAAGCUGAAGCCAAGCAAAACGAGGCGGAGACCACCAGUCAACAGAAAGGCCAGGCUCAGCAGAGUUACUCUUCACUCUUUGAUGAAUAUCAAGGUGUGAUACAUUUGGAGGCUCUGGAACUUCUAUCAGAGGAAUAUGCAGCUAAGGUUCGUGGAUGUCUGCCGUCUCUGACAGGAGAGGAAGGAGACUGGGUGGAGGGGCAGAUGGAGCUAUUGGACCAGGCUCUUACCAUUCGGGAAGAUGGAGAUGGUCUUGCUGUAUUGGACGACGACGGUGGAAAACUCGGGGAAGUUGUAGAGUUGUUUUCUGACGUGACUCCAGCCGUUAAAGUUGAAAAACUAGUCAAAGUACGUUAACCCACACUUCCCUUGUUAAGCGGUAAAUAUAUAGUGUGGUUGUUCAUUCAAUACUUUGCAUUAUGCGUGCCAUAAGUUAAACGUAGCUCUAUGGGUAAGCACAGUGCAUUUGACACCAGGGAUGUGAGUAAAAUAUACUGCUAUACUUCUGCAUUUUUUUAUAGAGGGUGAUCAGGUUUUGUUUUGUAUAGAUCAGUACCUUUUGGCGGGAAAAACUAGAGACUAUGACAGUGUCAUGUGAUGAUGAGAGAGACGCAACUGGUAAUACAGAGGGAACGGAGGAAGGAGUGAGCAAAGAGGGGGGAAAAGGAGCGGAAGGAGGGAAGGAAGAUGAAGAAGAGGAGAUGGAAAGUGAAGAAAAGGAAGAAUCUUCUGAAGCAGAAAAUAAAGAUAAUGCGAAUAAACUGAGCAAAGAGGUUUAUACAAAUGGACUCCGCGGACUAGUUCAGCUGACUUCUGCCAGUAUUGAAGUGUUCAGGAAGAUAGCAGAGGUUUCUCUACUACCACAGGCAACUAAAGCCGAUACAAUUGGACAGGCUAAGAGAUUCAACAGACUGACGGUGCUGGUUUCCGGGGAACUCGACGCACUAGCCUCCGUCCAUGCUGAAGUUCUAACCGACCUCGGCUUAGAAGAUAUCAAUACUACCAUUACUGCUCUGUACAUGGAGUCCUCCAACAGUGUGUCGUAUGUCCAAGACGCCCUCCAGCUCCUGAAGCCAGUGCUGCAGUACACAGUCUUGCAAGAGGUGGCACUGAAUCAGCCCAGCCAUAAUGUACACUCCAGAUCAUAGCUAACCAUGUCAACCUGUACGGCUACAUUCAAUAUCUAUCCCCCAGCAGAUUUCUCUCUCUCUUUCUCCAACUAAACACUAGCCAAUAAAGAAUGUUUCAUUUGUGUUGUGAGCUGUGUAUGAAUAUCGAAAAUGAUUUUUUCGCUCGGACAGUCGAUAAAAAUAAGUACGGUCUAUAUAGGUGUUUACUCGGCACCGCUCGCUGAGCUGCGACAGAGAAAUGGCCGGAAUAUCUUUCCUGGACCUCCUGUUUGCCGAGGCGAUAGCCUCAGGCAUGGCGAGGGAGGCUCGAACUAGAGAGAGGCCCCCGCCUGACAACUUCUUCCUCCUUCCCCGCGACACGCGGGCAUGGUUGCAGAUCAAGGAGGCCAGCAAGAAAGAGAACAUGGUCAUAGCGGUGGAAGUGACCGACGACUCGAACGAGAACUCUCAGCGGCUCUUCUUGGACCUGGCGCGAGAGUACGACGGAAUGCCGUUUCUGAGGGUCAAGAUAGGGCUUGGACGCACCUUCGACCAGCUCCGUGAAGACCUGGGAGGGAUAAGAUACACACCUACCUUUGUCUUCGUGUUCUUCCACUCGGAGGGAAUCCAGCGAGCCAAGUAUGAGGGCACUGCCGAAAUUCAGCAAGGCAUCAGGUCUGGCCAAAUGAAGGGAGUCAUCAGAGAACUGCAGAAGAGAAGGGUGCAGGUGAAGAUGGCGGAGAAUCUGGCAGAGGAACUGGCGUCUCACGUGAAGGACUCCAUCGACGAGAGAGAAACCAAACUUCGCAGGGAGUACGAGCAGAAACUGAGAAGGCAGCUGGAGGAGAGGGAAAGGGCACAGAGAAUGGAGGAAGAAAGUAAGAAGAGGGAGGAGGAGGAGAAGGCAAAGAAAGAAGAGGAAGAACGCCGUAAAGAGGCAGAAAAGAAACGACAAACGGCAAAGGAGCGGUCGGAGAAACGGCCACAGUACCUGCAAGAACUCCUCAAAAUGGAUCUGGACUCCGUGCCCGUCAGAGACAUGAAGGCCGUCAUGAUCAAACUAGGGGUAUCCCCCCAUGACUGCUUCGAGAGAAAGGACUUGAAGAAGAAGUUGAUGGAGAAUGUUCCGGAACUGAGGAGGAAGAUAGAGGAGGAGCAGAGGAGGGCGUCCACCGCAUCCAGCGUCUUCUCCUCUGUCAACUCUCAGAGCAGUCUCGCCGGCAGUUUUGACGAGAACUCAAUGAGUGAUCGCGAGAGGGCCGACAAGUUGGAGAGAGAGAAGAGGGAGCUGGCGGAGAGGUUUGAGAGGGAGAAGAAGAGACUGGAGAAAGAACUAGAGAGGAAAACGACGGAGCUGCAGAGGACCCAGGAUGACCUCAGGCGGAUGGCAACUCGUGCCAACAGUGCAGAGGAGAAGUUCCUGGAGCUGAAGAACGCCGCGGGUCAGGGGAGGAAAGGCUCUGGCUAUUCCAAUGAGCCCCCGAAGCCAGUCCCAAAGCCUCGUGCUAUAUCCACAGGCAGUAUUGACGGCUCCCAAGCCCAAGUCCAACAGCUAAAGACCGAGUUACUGGAGAUGAGAAUGCUCUACACUACAACCAUUGAAGACUAUGAUAUUCUGGGUCCGAUAUUUGACGGCGGGGAGGAGGGGUUGGUGCUGAGAGCUCAGUGCAAGAAGAAAGGUCUGCCUUUCCCUGACAGAGUGUAUGCUAUGAAGGUCCUCACCAACUACUUCAAGUCACAGACCGCCACUGAGGCUCGUGUUCAGUUCCAGAAUGAGUACGAGAUCCUCUGCAAUCUGCCGCCUCACCCCAACAUCAUCCACAUGUACGCAUUCUUCUUCGACCGAGCCAACCCAGACGUGUCCCCAGAGUUCAAACGCGUUGGGAGAAACGUGCGGACAAUGUCACUGUUUCUGUUGAUGGCCGAACACCCAAUGUCUAUGAAGGAGCAGCUCGACAUACUGACUGGUGGACAGGGACCAAAGCCAGGGAAAGUGGUACAGUGGGUCAAGGAACUUCUCUCCGGGCUCUGCUUCUUACACUCUCACCAGAUAGUACACAGAGACUUGAAGCUGGACAAUCUACUGGUGGAUGACAACGGCAGAGUAGUCAUCAGCGACUUUGGAAAAGCCAUCAUUCUCGAAGAUAACAUGAAGGUUUCUUACAACCAUGGGUUCAGUGCAGGUGGAAACACAGCUCAUCUGGCCCCAGAGAUCCUCAACGCCAAACCUGGUCCCAAGAAGUACUUGAACUACAGCAAACAGCCUGUCUGGGCAGCUGGGGUCCUGGCUUACGAACUGGCAGGCCACAAGAACCCAUUCCAGUCAGGCACCAUAGACCAGCGCAGCUACGGUGUCCAAGACGUCCCACCACUCAAGUACACCUACAGCACUCACUCCAAGUUUUGCCAGUCGCUGGACAGCCAGCUGGGCAGCAUCGUUCGUGCCAUGAUCCAGGCAGAGCCCAGCGACCGACCAACCCUUCAGGACUGCCUCAGGAGAGUGUCUCCCAUUGCCUCCUGAAAAAACUGCCCCAACAACUUGUUCACAUCAUGUAUUUUAUAGCUCUUGUGGUUUUCUAUAAUAUUAUUAGAACAGAAUGUUGUUGAGAGUGAUGUUUUUGUAAUCAUGUAUGAUUAUUAUAAAAGGGGGCAUUAUCCCUGCAGAAAAAAUCAUCCAUAGUAAGAGUGUAGUUGGACGGCUAAUGUCUAGUUACACAGCUGUUGGUUCUCUUCCGUUCCUCCUGCAGUUUCUACUGGAAGCGGCGAUGCUGUCUCUCCAGCUCUCCACGUCGGGAGGAAAUGGCGGACUCUCCGUCUUCAUCUCUCCUCCCAGCCACGUCUCCAUGACCGAAGACACAGUCGUACCUCGGACUGCCAACUUCGCCAGGUUUAUGGCGCACACAAACCCGUCGCUUUUCCGCGCCAUCCGCUGUUCCACGUACACGGCGUCUUCGUCCCAACACAGCACCUUUGUCCGUAGCACAAACCUCUGGAAAAGCGAUGAGGGAGCGUCUGUAGCGGAGGCAGUGCGCGGCCAGCGAAAAGGAACCUCCGUUUCUCAGCACAGCUGCGUACACGCCUCGCUCAAAGAACAUUCCCACCCGGCCGAAGUCCAUCUCUCGCAGGUACUUGGAGUUGUUCAUGUGCAGCAUGUGGUCCAGAUCCGAGGGCAGGACGAUCCCGUCCAGGUCGUACGGAGCAAAGAGCUCCUCCUUCGACCUUCUCCUUCCCACUGACCCUCUGUUUCUCUCCAUCUUUACGUAGAGCACGGCCAUCCUUGCAAAGUACCAGACGUCGAUGCAGGCAAAAGCCAGAACAAGGAUUGGCGCAAGCCACCAAAGGAGCGCUGCCAUCACUUCUUUUGAGCUCAGCU